AUGCCUUUCUUUCCAUCAAAGUUGCGCGCCAUCGCGGAGUUGCAGAAAGAGGAAAGAGGCGAUCAUGAAGCGAAGCCAUCGUGUGGCAAGUGGUCGAAUGUGGAUCUCGAACCGACUCCGCCUGAGCGGAGGAACUGGAGUCCGUUCUAUUAUUUUGCCUUUCAGUUCAGUAUUGCAUUUUCGCCGACGACCUACAAUAUUGGAUCUACGCUGUUUUCCAUUGGUUUGACUUGGUGGACGAUUAUCGAUGCGGCUUUUGUUGGAACAUUUCUCUGCUGCUUGGUGCUCUUCUUCAACUCGAGAGGACCAAUUUUCUACCAUGUCGGCUUCCCACUCUACGCCCGUAUCUCAGCCGGCAUCUACGGCAGUCUAUGCUCAUGGGAAAACAUCCCCAAUCACCUCCCAUCCUCCGCCGGCAUCACCACACCACCAAUUCUCGCCUUCUUCCUGACCUGGCUUCUCCAAUUUCCCUUCGCCUGGCUGCAUCCGAGCAAAGCCGGUCCCCUCUUCGUCGUCAAAUCGGUUCUCUCCCCGAUCGCCUACAUCGCCACAAUGAUCUGGGCUCUUGUCAAAUUCAAUGGCGUGGAGUUGAAUCUGGGGAAGACGGAAACGACGGGAUCUGCGCUGGGUGGGGCGUUCAUGAGAGCGAUCAAUACUGUGGUAUCUGGAGUUGUGCCGCCUAUGGUGAAUAUCGCCGAUCUUGCGAGAUAUGGAAAUCGACCGAGAGAUAUCGUACCGCUUACGAUUGGACUCUUCCUCAGCAAGCCUGCUGUGAUACUGCUUGGUCUUUUCACCACUGCCGCUGGUGCGAAACAUUUCGGUGUUGCGGAUUGGAAUUUGUGGGAUUUGUAUGGAAGAGUUCUGGAUGAGUUCUGGGGACCUGGAGCAAGGACUCUGGUUUUCCUGGGAGCAUUCAUCCAGUGCUUUGCGACCAUUGUCAGGAAUGUGUCCUCGAAUGCCAUUCCCGUCGGCUGCGAUCUUUCGGGACUCUUUCCGAAAUAUUUCACGAUUGUGCGAGGCAUGGUCUUGUGCCAUGUUCUGGUCUGGCCAGUGGUUCCAUGGCUUUUGGUCAACUCGGCAAAGAACUUCCUCACUUUCCUCGGAUCUUAUCUCUGCCUCAUCACGCCUGUUGUUGCUGUGAUGAUCGUCGAUUACUGGAUAUCCAGACGUGGCAAUCUUCAUGUCCCAUCGCUUUAUCGGCCGGAAUCUGGGUCUCCUUACUAUUACACCCGAGGCUUCAAUAUACGAGCCUAUGUCGCUUGGGCCGUGGGCGUCGUUCUUGUCAUUUCUGGAAUCUCGGGUGCCAUCAAGCCUGGCUCUGUCAGUCAGACUGUCGUGAACGUGGAUAACUGCGGCUUCAUCCUUUCUUUCACUGGAGCUGCGGUCACUUACUACAUUCUAUGCUUGAUCUGGCCUGUUCAAGUCUACCCUCGAGGUCCUCACGAGAAUGAGAGCAAGGAAUGGGAGGUUAUGGUGCCGACGGAGGGUUUCUUUUCGGAUGGCAGUCCUCUGCCGGACUAUAUUCGUAGUAAUAUGCUAUACGGAGAAGAGGUCAUGCCGACUGCAGUGGAAGCUGAACCAAAUUUGAAGGGAGAGAAGUUGUAG